UGUUCAACAAUUCAAAACCUAAUCUUAUCACCUUUUAAAUUAUUGUUCUCUCACAUUACAAAUAUGUUGUCCACUCACUUCUCAUCCCAUCCCAAGAUUUUGUAGCGCUUGUUACUGUUCAAUCUCUCGAGGUGAGCAAUGGAGGAAGCGCUAGUUCUGUACCCUUCACCACCUAUUGGCCACUUGGUUUCUAUGGUGGAGCUAGGAAAACUUUUACUCACUCAUAGACCAUCUCUCUCCAUUCAUAUUCUCAUUGCUGCAUCACCCUAUGUUGCAGGCAAGGCUGAUAAAUACAUGGCUACUGUUUCCGCCAAUGUUCCUUCCAUCGAUUUCCAUCAUCUCCCCAUUGUUACACCAGUUUCCACCAAUAUAACCCACCAUGAAGAACUCACUUUGGAGGUCCUUCACCUUAGCAAACCACAUGUUCAUGAAGAGCUCCUCAACAUAUCCAAAAGGUAUAAAAUUCAUGGCCUUGUUAUGGACUUCUUUUGCACCUCGGGUCUAUCUGUGGCCACUGAACUUGACAUCCCUAGUUACUUUUUCCUCACUUCUGGUGCUUGUUUUCUCGCCUUUUUCCUUUACCUCCCUACCCUUCACCAAAAAACCUCCAAAAGUUUCAAAGAUAUGAAAGAUCACUACCUUGAUAUUCCUGGCUUGCCACCACUUCUUGCUACUGAUUUGCCAAACCCUUUUCUUGACCGGGACAAUCAGGCUUAUCAACACUUCCUUGAUUUUGCCACUCAGUUCCCUCAAGCAUCAGGAAUUAUGAUCAACACAUUUGAAUUGCUGGAGUCCAGGGUUGUUAAGGCGAUAUCGGAUGGGCUCUGUGUGCCUAAUAAUCGCACACCGCCAAUUUCUUGCAUUGGUCCAUUGAUUGUAGCUGAUGACAAAAGAGGUGGUAGCGGCAAGAAUAGCCCCGAAGAUGUGCACGAGUGUUUAUCUUGGCUUGAUUCCCAACCAAGCCAAAGUGUUGUGUUUCUUUGUUUUGGUAGCUUGGGGCUAUUCACCAAGGAACAGUUAUGGGAAAUAGCUACUGGGUUGGAAAACAGUGGUCAGCGGUUCUUGUGGGUGGUUCGGAACCCACCUUCUCAUAAUCUAAAGGUAGCCAUCAAAGAACAGGGAGACCCUGAUUUGGAUUCUUUGCUGCCUGAAGGUUUCUUGGAACGAACUAAGGAGAGGGGAUAUGUGGUCAAGUCAUGGGCACCACAAGUGGCAAUUGUGAAUCACAGUUCAGUAGGUGGAUUUGUGACUCACUGUGGGUGGAAUUCUACACUUGAAGCAGUCUAUGCUGGUUUACCAAUGGUGGCUUGGCCAUUGUAUGCGGAGCAGAGGCUGAAUAGGGUAGUGUUAGUGGAGGAAAUGAAGCUUGCUUUGUCAAUGAAUGAGUCUGAAGAUGGAUUUGUGAGUGCUGAUGAGGUGGAGAAGAAGGUUAGAGGAUUAAUGGAGUCCAAGGAAGGUAAAAUGAUUAGGGAAAGAGCUCUUGCUAUGAAGAAUGAAGCCAGGGCUGCACUAAGUGAAGGUGGUUCUUCUCAUGUAGCCGUGUCCAAGCUUCUUGAGUCAUGGAAGCAUGAAAAAUGACUUGAGCCUGCUUGUCUCCUUGGCCUGUUCUACCUUGGAUUCUUAGGUGGAAUUGCGCACCCUUAUCUUUUGUCUGUGUACCUUGUCGAAAUUAAUGUAUCAAUGAUGUAUUUUGUAAGAAAAUAACACUACCAUCAGACAUAGAAUUGAUA